ACCUGCCUCUGACGGGAAAAGGAGCAGCCCAAGAUGCAAACAUCCCUCGUCUGCCUGUGCCUGUGCCUGCUCAGCACAGCCCUCGCCACACCUGUUCCACCGCCGCUGCCUGGGAGAGCUGCUGGGAACUGUGUGGGACAGCACCGGAUACUUCUGAAAGGCUGCAACGCCAAGCACGGCUUCUACAUUUUCAAAUACGUCUACUCAUUCUCAACGCGGAGGAACCAGACACAGAUAAAGAAGGAAGAGGCUGACCACCAGAGCAUCAUCCCCGGCCACCGGCUGGAUGAGGACAAUGCCAGGCGGGAGCCUCCGGAGGCUGGCACGGCCCCAGAGCACGGUGCCAACAGCAGCACUGAAGUAAUCGAGUAUGGCAUUGUCCUCAAGCCCCAGAACCGCAGCACGCCGGGCAUCAGCAGGGAUGGUCCCAGCCCUCGCCCUGGCACUGGCACUCGAGCGCGCGGCAGUGGGGGCGGCAGCGGCCCCACCGCAUCCAGCUCAGAGGGCAGCGGCGAUCUGGAUUUGGUGCUGGAAGUCGAUGGCGGUGCUCCCAUUCUUCCUCAGGGAGAACGCCCCAGUGAGGUUGUGGUGGGGAACAGGUCCAGUGCCAGGAGUGAGGACAAGGAUGACGGUGCCCCCAGGGUGGUUCCAGCGGAGGGAGCCACGACCACUGGGAGGAGCAGGGCCCCUACUACCAGAGGGGCAGGGGAUGUGGGCAGCAGGGAGGCCACUGUCUCUAGCCAAGGGCAGGAGGGUGUUAAGCACGGUACAGGGACAGGAGGCAUCGCUUCGUCCUCUGUCACUGAGAAGAUGGAGGAUGUCCAAGUGGAUGCUGCAGGUGUGGAUGAAUAUGCUUACGUCCCCGAUUCAGGCAGUGUCACCAUUACCCGUGGCAGCCUGGACAGCACAGACAGGGCCACCGGCUUCACCCAGGUCUCUCCAGACAAGGAUGACGAGGUGAACAUCUUCAUUGGGAGGGCCAACAUCCACGUGGGGGAGCAGGAAACCACCCAGGCUGGUGCCACAGUGGGCAGCGAGGAUGACGGCAUCCCAUCCGUGGGAACCAGCAGCCCCCUCCCCAGGCCGGACAUCACUGCGGCACGCAGUGGUGGUGAGGAUGACAGCAUCCCUGCCCGCAGGCAGCCUGAAAGACUGGCCACCACCGCCCGCCCAAGCCGCGGGGACAGGGUCACCAGCGGCCUCAGGGACGGCCGUCUCACUGGAGAGGAUGAGGAAGGUGCCACCACCAUUGGUGUUGACAGACGACUGGUAACCCCUGCCCCCUGGAGAGUCACUAGUGGUGACAUUACCGUCCCCACCGUGGCCGGCAUCCGUAGGAAAGACGAUGAUGAGGUGAGAGGACAGGGGCAGAGGUCCAAGGGGAAGCCAGACCAUGUGGCUGCCACGACCCCCAGCCAGUGGGGUGACGUGGAGGCCGCUGUCACUGUCCCAGCCGAGGGGGCCGGCAUCCGCCCGGCCACUACCGAGGGGGGCCGCAUCACCCCGUCGGUGACCGCCAGCGGCCGCAAGGCGGGCACGGGCACGGUGCCGGGCAGAGGAGGGAGUGGGGAAGUGGGGACGGCCACCUCCCGACCCCCCCGCGUGGAGGCACGGCCCGGGACAGGGGUGAAGGUCCGUCCAGGGGGAGCAGGGCCGGACAAGGCACCCAGGACGGACAAAGCACCAUCCCCAAGUGGAAAACCCGGCAGCUGGGCGUCGAGCGGGGCCCAGACGAGCGCCGGCAGCCACGACGGCGAUGCCGGGGGCACGUCUCACGCCACCAAAGCGGGGGCCAGCCCCGCUCCACAGGCGGGGCAAGACGCGGGCAGCGUGGCCGCAGGCAAGGGCCGGGAGCCGGGCCGAGGCGCGGGGAGCGGCACAGCAGCGCCGGGGGCCGGGGGCGGCCGCCUGCCCGGGCACCACGGCAGGAGGCUGGGGGCUGGGGCGCCGGGCACCAUCGCCACGCUGGGCCGCAGCCGGCAGCUGGACCAGGUGAAACGCGCCGACGAGCUGCACGUCCGAGAGCGGGCCUUCUACAGCCUCGGCGGGGCGGGCGGCGGCCCGCACGGCCCCUACCCCGGCCUCGGGAGCGCCGACAGCAGCCAGUCCUCCGAGGGGGACCGGGGCAGCCACAGCGAGAGCGGACAGACGGGACUGCAGCCCUCAGGGUGGGGAUCCCCAGGGUACCCCCAGGGCCGCUGGAUCCAGGGGCCCCUCUGA